UUUAUGACAAUGCUUCCGAAGCUGUCGGAUACAACUCAAACUAUAUCAUUCUCAGAGGGUGAUGGUGUGUGCAGUGCUGAAGUGUAUGCCACUGAUGUGGUGAUCACAACUAACGCUGGCAGCCACAAUCAUGGCAGCUCCAAGGUCAAAUUGCGCAACCUGGUUGACUAUAACUGGGAACCAAAAUUCUACCAUGGCCAACUGUUGGCCAUUCACAUCAGUGGAAAAUAUAUGGCAUAUUCCAUUAAAGCGAUAAAUCCCGUGAACCCUAGCUCCUGGAGCGGCAUGGUGCGCGUGGUGUACAACCCGGAGCCGGGCACGGAGCGCCGCGCUCUUAUCAAGGGCAUGAAGGGAGUGGUGCAAGAUCUGGCAUUUGCUCACAUUCAGAGCCAAGUGGUGCUUGCGUGCAUUGACGAACAGGGCAACUUCUAUGUCCACGAGAUUGAAGCUAACGACACUGCAAUAAGGUGCACGCUGGUGGCGGAGAUCCGCGAGGACACGGGCGUGGGCGGCGGGGCGCAGCGCGUGGUGUGGUGCCCCUACAUCCCCGACGACGACGACGACGCGCCCGACGACGACGUCGCGCGCCUGCUGCUCACCACGCACCACAACAUCGCACGCAUGUGGAACAUGCGAGUGAUAGCGUCGCAAGUGGCGGCGACGGAGUGCGUGGGGUCAGCGCGCGAGCUGGCGGGCGGCGGCGGCAGCAGCGGAAGCGGCGGCGGCGGCGGCGUGCUGACGGCCGCGGACCACGGGGCUGCCAUCGUGGACGCGGCCUUCUCGCCAGACGGCACCGCCCUCGCCACCGCUUCCACUGACGGAUACGUCAUGUUCUUCCAGGUGUACAUGCACAACGAGAGUAGUCCACGGUGCCUGCACAAAUGGCAGCCACAUGGAGGCAAGCCGCUCAGCUGCCUCUUUUUCCUCGACAACCACAAGAACUACAAUGCCGAUGUCCAAUUCUGGAAGUUUGCCGUAACUGGUGCAGAGAAUAACUCCACAAUAAAGAUCUGGUCGUGCAAGUCCUGGAACUGCCUGCAGACCAUCUCCUUCACACCGAGUUUGGGACCAGAGCAGCCCGUGCUGGGACUGAAGGCUAUGCUGGACACCAGCGCCAGCUACCUGGUGCUGUCUGACUUCGAGACGAGGAGUCUUUAUGUGUUGAACAUGGCAUGGGAUGUGGAUGAUACCACUGCGUACUGUAAAAGCAUAUCGGAGUUCCUUCUCCCAUACCCUGUUCUCAGUUUUUGUAUAGCUGAUGCUGAAGAGGAGCAAGUGAAAUGCGAGUCAAGCUGCGACGACCCGUUCCACAGGAACGGUUCUGCCGGGGACCCUCGCGACUCACCCGACGAGUUUGAUGUAAAUCGCGAUCAGUCGGGGUCGGCGUGCGGCGCGGGCGCGGCGUGCGGCGGCGGGCGGCGCGCGCGGCUGCGGCUGCUCAUCGUGCAGCCGCGCGGCCUGCAGGAGGGCGACCUGGCGUACGAGCCGCCGCCGCCGCCGCCGCCGCCGCUGCUAGCCACAGGUCUAUCCGACCUGACGCUGGAGGAUACGGCUCCUCCGGACACCGCGCCGACCACCAUUCCGUCCAGUAUCCUGCAGCAGCAGAGUCAGCAGCUUAAGAACUUGCUCAUGAGAUCACAGACACAGCCGGGCAGUCUCAUUAGUCAGCGUCCAGAGUCUCCCACCGCCCCUACACAGCUGAAUCUCAUGACGCCGGACGCUUUCAGUUCGCCGGGUAAACGCGAGGAGGACGACCCGCCGCUGUCCGCCACGCCCGACGUCGGUGGCAAGUCGCGCUCGUCUCUCGGAGCAGGCGUGUGUAGUGAGCCAGCAGUGAGCAACGCGAGCUUGCUGGUGGGGACGGUGGUGCCCGCGGCGGGCGCGGUGGCGGCGCCGGCGGCGGCGGCGGCGGCGGCGGGCGGCGCGGCGGCCACCGACAAGCCCGCGUCCGGGGGCUCCAGCCCCAGCCGCGAGGUGCAGCAGAUCAUGGAGCACAACGACCACUACUACAAGGAUAUCGAGGGGGAGGAGUCGAGCCAGUCGCCGGCGGCGGAGGAGGCGGAGGAGGCGGAGGAGGCAGACGAGCCGGGGGAGGCGGCCGGCGCGGCACCCGCACCUGCAGCCGUGCCCGCACACACACCCUCGGCGCUCACGCAUACUAACAGCGACACGUCGUGGCCGCAGAUCUCGCUGGCGCAGAUCACGGAGGCGAACCAGAGGAAGGCGUCGAGCGAGAAGUCGAGCAACCAGUCGCUCAACAACUCGCUCGGGCCCGCCGCCGCGCCCUCGCCCGCCGACCGCGCCCGCCUCGACCGCCUCGAGCGGCUCGACCGGCUCGACCGGCUCGACCGGCUCGACCGGCUCGAGCAGAUCGAGCACAAGAUCGACAAGCUCACCGAGCUGGUGGCAUCGCAGUCCCGGGAGGUACGUGCACUGCGGAGCGCCGCCGGCAGCCCGCGCGCCAUGCUGGACGCCGCGCUGCACGAGCACGCGCAGCGCACCGCCGCCGCCGUGCACGCCGCGCUCGCCGACGGGUGGGAGCGCAUCGCGCGUGCAGGCGAGGCGGCGGGCGGGCGCGCGGCGGCGGCGGCGGGCGCGGGCGCGGCGCGCGCGCUCGAGCCGCUGGCCGCCGCGCUGCAGCACGAGCUGGCCGCCAAGCUGGCCGCCACCGACCGCCUGCUGCGCGACAACAUCGACAAGCUCGCCACCAGCAAGACUGUCAUGGACCGGCUGAGCACAGCAGUGGCGACGUCACUAGCGGACAUGGUUCGCGAGUCGUUCCGCACCGCUCUCUUCGACAGCGUCGUACCCGUCAUGGAGAAGGCGCACGCGCAGAUCUUCCGCCAGAUCAACCAGGCCUUCCAGAACGGCACCAAAGAGUUCGCAGCGAACACUGAGGCGGCAGCGCGUGCAGCCGCGGAGCGCGGCGGCGCUGCAGCGACAGCGUCGCUGCGCGCGGCGCUGGAGCGGCACGCCAGCGCGCUGGCGGCUGCGUCCGCGCAGCCUCCCAUGCAGCAGCUGACCGCCGCGCUGCAGGAAACCGCGCACAGCGUGCUGGAGAAGGAGCUGUCGUGGUGGCGAGAACAGGCGCGCGGCGUGGCGCUGCACAUGUCCCGCGCGCACACGCCCGCCGCGCCGCCCACGCCCUCUGCCGCCGCCGCCUCCGCCGCCGACAGGCAGAUGCAAGUGGCGCAGAUCCAGUCGCUGAUGAGCGGCGGCGACGCGAACGGCGCGUUCCAGCUGGCGCUGUCGGCGUCGGACCUGACGCUGGUGGUGGCGGCGUGCCGCGCCGCCGACCCGGCCGCCGUGUUCGCGCCGCCGUGCCGCCUGCGCCAGCACGUGCUGCUGUCGCUCGUGCAGCAGCUGGCCGCCGACAUGACGCGCGACACGCACCUCAAGCACAGGUACCUAGAAGAAGCGGUGAUGAACCUCGACACGAACAACCCAGUGACCCGUGAGCACCUGCCCGCGGUAAUACGCGAGCUGCAGAAGCAAAUAAUGGCAUUCCUGAACGCAAACCCAGGGCACGCGCUCACGCGGCAGUUCAAAAUGCUGCUGAUGGCCACCGAGUCGCUGGUGAAGAGCGCGGUCUGACCGCGGUCGUGCUGCCACUGCGCCUGCGACCUAUACAGGACCAUGCACCGGCUGCACUGACCGCCCGCUCGCCGACGCAGCGGUGUCGUUGUGCUUGUGAAUGCAAGUUGAUACUCAGAUAUGUUUAAAGUGCCACGGAAUGUGUUUAACAGUCGAUUCUGAAAGCUUUGAGCUUUGUGACGGGAAAAGUAAAGGUAAUAUUUUAUUAUAGAGAGACUUAUACAGUGAACGACAGAUAUCCUGAACUAAACUGUAGAUAAUGAAACCCUUAUUUUUUAACCUAAACUUUGACUGUACAAGUCACGGGGUAUUAAAAAGUUCUUGAUACUUUAUUCCCCUAUCAAUACCCCCCAUACAUGAAACGUCACUACUCAAUAAUCAAUGACUUAUUUGUCAUUUAAAGUCAAUAUCCUAUAAAAAUAUUAUUAUACAUAAUAAUGUAUCAUUGAAUAAAUUUAUUUAGUGUUAAUAAGUGCGAGGUAAAGUGAGUUCAAAUGUACAAUUUACAUAAUUGUAUAUGUAACGAAUUAUACAAAUUGAAACCGUCAUAGGGACGAUCAAUCUGUCUGUUUUUUUUUUUCUAAUUAUGUAUUUUAUACUGCAUAUCCUAUGAUCAACAAAGCUUGUCAAAUAUAUUGUAACAUCACAUCACAUCACAUUUUAUUUUAUAAUAUCACACAAGGUGUUACAAGAAGUGCUAUUCAUGAGGUAACAGAAACUGAUUGUACUCUGUACCUGACCUUAGGGAGAUAUUUAUGCUUUAUUCUAGAAGAGGAGAUUGUUUAAUGCAGCAAACGACUUGGUGUAAAUUUUGUUAGUAAUAUUGCAUCAAAAUAUAUAUGUAUAUAUGUUUUGUUUUGCAAUAUCACCCGCGUACAUUACGUAAGAAUUUAUAAAAGUCAGUAGUUAUAGUUUAAAUUUCUUUGUUUAUGAUAAUUUCCGUUUUACACUGACAACAAUAUUAUGGUUAACUUAUUCUCUGACAUUUAUAAAAUAGUCGUAGAAACGUUUUUUAUCUCCUUUUCUGUGUUCUAUAGAGAAAUAACUGUGACAUCACAUUGAGAAUUGACAUUAAACCAACCAAUUUUUGGUUUAAUUGUAUUUUGUAAUAAUUUCAGAAACAAUUUUUUCUGUCUCUUGCAAAACUUAAGCAGAAAACAGAAUACAUUAUUUGAUAUUGUUAGGAGAUAUUCGCGGUUGACUGUCGAAUGAGUGUUUUGUAAUUUAUCGUAUCACGGUAUGAUAUCGUAUGAUUUUAUCGUCACGAUAUAAUUGUGGAAUCAAAAUGCAUGCUCACGUAGUCACUAAUUUCCGCGCACUGUAUCGUCGAGGAGAAUUAAUUAAAAACGAGUCUCAAUACAAUUGUACACUUUUUAUGUUUUCUGUUUAGUGUUAAUUUACACCAUCAUUUAGGUAACGCAUGAUAAUUUACCCGGGUUAUCUGGACAUUACGAUCAGGAUACACAUUGCUGUGGUCACGAGACUGAUGUUACGUAAAUGAUCGUGUCAAUUCUCGUGUUUUAUAAACCAUAAACUAUGCAACGCGAAGGUAAAAGUCUAUGCUCGUUUUGCUCUUCUAUUAUAUCGUGACGAUAAAAUCGUACGAUAUCAUACCGUCCCACGAUAGACUACAAAAGCGCCCAAUCAACCUUAUGAUUAACAUGUAAUGUGAUAUAAUUGUAUUAAAAUGACAUUAUUAAUAAUAUGUGUGACUCGGAAGUGAUUACUGAUUAGUGCUAUGGUUUUUAAAAGACCACAUUUUUAUAGUCGUCUCUUUCGUGAGUAAGCGCUAGAUACUCUAUCUCGCUCUAAGUUAAGAAUCUACAAGAUUUCGCCAAGCAUGUAUAUUUUAUUGAUAAGCUUACUGUUGCGGUAUCAGACUGUUUAAAGUUUUUUGAAAUGUAUAAAGUUUCUAACUUUAUGAAUACAUUACCUUAUGCUUUAAAGUUUUCGUGAAUUGCUUUAAACUUUUUUUGAUUUCAUAAAUACGUAUAAAGUUUAUGAUAAUGAUUAUAAAAAUCUUUUUUUUUUUAAUAUAAUAUACAAAAACAAACGAGUCUCAUAAAUGAUUUAAAAAAAAAGUCGAUUGCUACAUAAAUAUAGUAUGUUUUGUAAAUUAUUAAUGUUAAAUAUAAGAUUAAGAAGUUGCAAAGCAGUUAUUUAACCGCGCCCGUCGCCAUUGCGAGCUUGCAUCGCAGAAUAAAGACUGUAGGAAAAUUUGACGGUGCUACUUUCGGCGCACAAGACACGAUGUUUGGCAAUAAAUCGAGGCGAGCGGUUUGACUUGCUAAUUGGCGAUUGUGCAUCGCCAAUUUAAAAGUUGCCGCAACCUCGGCAGUUUAGUAGCCGAACAAAACUGUAGUUCGAUGAGUUUUGAAUUAAACUAAAUUUCUGAACAUAGGUCGGAAUGCUUAAAAAUUGCACCCUGUGAAAUCUUGGUUCGAUGAGGUAAAUAAAUAAACAAUUAGUCAAUUUUAACACGUUGACUGCCAUGGCAAUUUUAAAAAAUCUGGCCUAACAAAAUGACAAUUCGAUUUAAUCACAUUCAAUCGACUCACUGAAACUGCGCAUGUAUGUUGCAUCUCUGUGCAUCUUCUACCGAAUUUAUCACCUGAUUUUCACCACCGUACAACCCGCCACAAACUAAAAUUUCAUCCCAACCAUCUGGACGAGCGGCGGUCCUCCACCGUGCGUUUUUCAAGGCACUUUCUCCCACGCACAACCAUUCUUUGGAAUCAACUUCCAGCAGCAGUAUUUCCGAAUCGAUACGACAUCAUAACCUUUAAGAAGGGAGCAUAUUUCUUUUUAAAAGGCCGGCAGCACACCUGCAAUGCCGUUGGUGUUGCGGAUGACCAUGGGCGGCUGUAGUCACUUACCAUCAGGUGAGCCGCAUGCUAGUUUGCCUCUGUGUUGUAAAAAAAAUAUCAUUAAGAACUAUAAUUCUAUUUAUUUAUUUAAUACUUUAUUGUACACACUAAUUAUACAUAAAAAUUAUGACAGAGGUAAAUCAAAUGUACAAAGGCGAGCUUAACUCUAAAAGAGUUCUGUUCCAGCAAACACAAAGUGGAAAGGAGCAUCAAUGUCAACGGGUAGAGCGGUUUACAGUAUUGUGAAAAUUUUCAAACAAAAGAUUAGAAUUCUAAUGCAUAAUUAUCAUCAAGAAGCAUAAAAAUACAACCAAACCCUAAAAUAUUUUUUAAUUUCAAUUAAUUUUAUAUUUAUAUUUUUGGUUCGUUUUUUAAUACAUUUUCUUUUAAUGCAAGCCAGUGUCAAUUUUUUGUUCUUUCCCCAGAAGCCAUCUAUCGAUAUAAGCACUGAUAUCGUCAUAGUCGUAGAAUACUGACAGAUCUAUAUAUGUAAUAUUCGUCAGAUCCGUCAGUAUUCUACGACUAUGACGAUGUAUUCCCAAUUUAAUCGUAGCUGCACAAACAUGGCAAGUAAACAUAGGACGAGAUAACUCGUAGCUGGCGCUCUAGAAAAGAACCUACCUACACCUACUCGCAACCUACGAGUUAUUUCUUAGUUGGCAGUCAACGUGUUAUCGUAGUUGGCAGUCAACGUGUUAUCUCGUAGUUGGCAGUCAACGUGUUAUCUCGUAGUUGGCAGUCAACGUGUUAUCUCGUAGUUGGCAAUCAACGUGUUAUCUCGUAGUUGGCAGUCAACGUGUUAUCUCGUAGUUGGCAGUCAACAUGUUAUCUCGUAGUUGGCAAUCAACAUGUUAUCUCGUAGUUGGCAGUCAACGCGUUAAUUGUACCAAACGAUGGCCGAAGCCGUACUACAGAAUACACUGUAAGACUCUCUGUACAAUGUUAAAUCUUAGAUAAUUAGCAAAUUGAGACUGCUACACUAAUUGAUAUUAUUUUCGCUUUUCUAUGUGAUUUUCGAUGAUUAACAAAAUAAUUAUACGAACAUAUGAUGCGUAGUUUUAUCCGCUUUGUUUAUAUAACAAGUUAGAUUGUUCUCUCAAUGAGGAAACACCUACACGUAUAUAAUUGAAGCGUUUUAUAUGUGUGUGUGUGUACAGUCGGCAUCAGUUAAAUAUGAACGUGCAAGUUCUCGAACAAUUUACAUCGAGUUCAAGAAAGAUGUUACUUAACUCUUAAGUUCUUGAUAUUUAAACAAGAAAUUGGAAAUAAUAUUAAAUUCUCUCUGUAGUGUUGACUAUUUCGUGUUAUAAUUAAGAUUCCUGUAUCCAAGCAUGUUUUCAUUAAAAAAAAAAUAUUUAUUUUUGAUGUUUAGUUAAAUAUGGCUCUUGAAAUAUAUAUUUGUAUAUUUAUUUUUGCAUAUCCUUUAUUAUUCACGUCCACCAUGGAUGUCUAUUGUCAGUAUGUGCGUGUAAUAUGUACUCAAAUUUAUGAAAUUUCUUCAAUGUUAGGAUUGUUUCUGAUAUUAAUAUACCAUAAGCAUUUCCAAUGUAUAAGUUAAUACUAAUACAACUUAAAUAGUGUUACAAUACAAAUUCCUAUAAUAAUAAAUCCUUUCUUUCAAUCAAUAAUGACUAAAAAUGAAUGGAGAUAUCGGUAGAGGUCGCCCUAGACGCACGUAUGUCGACCAAAUAGGCGACGUGCUGAAGAAGAGCCAAAUUAAAAGUGCCCGUAACCGGCGAGUGUGUAUGAAAAGAUUGAUGAAUGUGGAGGAAGCGAAAGAGGUUUGUUUGAAUCGAAGCAUUUGGCGUUCUAUUGUUUCUGCCUACCCUAAUAGGAGACAGGCGUGACAGGCCUUCCUUUCACUUCGUUGUAUUGACGUGUGAUUAGAAUCGACUUUUGCUUGUUUUUUUUUUUUUCUUUAAAAAUACAUAUAGUGUUUUUUUUUUAAAAAUACAUAACUUACCCUGUUUAUCCGAUUAUAGGACUUAUUAAAACAUUGAUUCGUUUUGAUUAUUUAUUAUUUAAUAUUGAGGAUUUUCUCAGAGAUUUACAGCAUUUGCUAUUCUGAUGGUGACUGUACAAGACGAGAUAUUUUAUUUCUGCUAAAGUGAAAUGUUGUGUUUAUUUUGUAACGUAUUUUCUAAACUUCAAAUUAAUGUAAGAAAUGUAUAAAUAAAAACAUUCAUUUGUAUUGCCUAUUUA